CUUUUUUUCUCAAUUGAUUUGGGGGUUUAUACUCAGUGACGAUUUUGAAGCUUUGAGCGAAUCAAACAAUGGCGGACGAAGCAAACAGAACUGCAUUUUUUGAAAUCCAAGGUCGUAUGAUCGAGACCACCGCAAAACUGAAGCAGGUUCAGACUCAGCUGCGGAACAAAGAAGGGGAAAAGAAGCGGGCUUACUUAACACUGGAGGAGCUCAAGCCAUUAGCUGAAGAUACAAAUACUUACAAAUCUAUUGGCAGAACGUUUCUUUUGGAACCAAAGUCAGUUUUGAUGGAAGAACAAGAGCAAAAGCUCAAGGAUAGUGAAGCUGCUAUUUCCUCUUUGCAGACAUCGAAGGAAUACUUGGAAAAACACAUGGCCGAGGUUGAGAACAACCUGAGGGAGCUUUUGCAGCAAGAUCCGGGUCUUGCUCGUCAGAUCAUGGCCUUGUCUGUUUAACUAUGGUUAAGCCCUUUCUCGUUUUUUGUUGCUGAUUUUCCGGCAUUCUUAACCACAGUGGCGAUCGUUUGUUUUUCUUGGCUUUAUUUUCAUGUUCAACGUACGCAGUUGUUAAGGUAUCAGUUAGUGUGCGUGUUUUCUGGGCAUGCCUGUUUGUUUCCGGGCUCGACGGUUUUGCAAUCUUCUUGAUUAUGGCUCACAACUCACAUACAACAUUGUUGGAUUUGAUAAGCAUGUUUGUUUUAAGAAAACAGAUUAAGAAAUUUAUUAAGUAGUUUUUAUUUUUGACA